AUGAAUCGAUUUUGGUUGUUACUUACUUGCGCGGCUACUGUCUCUUGUUACAGUAAGCCGUACCCAUACGAAGAUGGGAUGCGGAAACAUGAGACCGAGUUUGGCGAGUUCAGUAAGGUAUGGCAAAAUUAACCGUAUUCUCUAAAAAGGAAACCUUGUGGCAAGAAGAGAUUGCACAUUGAAACAAGGAGUUUUCCUGUCAUUCCUUCGAAACCUCUGACUGGAACACUUUCAGAAUGUUCAUCCACAUGUCAUCAGAAAAUACGAACAUGAAAUAGACUAUCAUAUCGACAGUAAUGGAGAUAUGAUCAGACAGAUCGGGAAGAACGUCAAACCCAAAGAUUACUCCGCCUGGAAUCUCUUCGUCGGAUUUAUGGAUAAACACAACAAGGUUUACAAACACAAAAAAGAAGUUCUCCAUCGCUUCAAGAUCUACAAAAGGAAUAUAAAGGCGGCCAAGAUGUGGCAAGAGAACGAACAAGGCUCCGCUUUCUAUGGGGAGACUCAAUUCAUGGAUAUGACGGCAACUGAAUUCAAGAAUGUAAGUGCAAUAGACUCUUAAAUCAUUUCUCAGAUUUAUCUGCCCUAUGUCUGGCCUCAAGUUCCUAAUUCAAACACUCUAAGUCCGGAAGAAUUAAUUGCUCUGGAAGAUGUAGAACUCCCAGAUUCGUUUGAUUGGAGACAAAAAGGAGUUGUUACCGAUGUCAAGAAUCAAGGCAGUUGUGGAAGUUGUUGGGCCUUCUCUGUUACAGGCAAUAUCGAGGGUCAAUGGGCACUGAAAACCAAGAAAUUGGUUCCCUUAAGUGAACAAGAGCUACUCGAUUGUGAUGUUAUAGAUCAGGCUUGUAAUGGGGGCUUACCUUUGAAUGCUUACAAGUAAGCCAAUCUGGAAUUGCUUUGUACUUUUCCAGAGAAAUUAUUCGUCUUGGAGGCCUUGAGACUGAAGAUGAAUACCCUUACGAACAAGAAAGAGAGGCGAGUUGUAAGAUCGAGAAGAGUGAACUCGCUGCUUUCAUCAACGGAUCUUUGCAAUUGCCUAAGGACGAACAAAAGAUUGCUGCCUAUUUAUUGAAACAUGGCCCGAUUUCCAUCGGUAAGUGAAUUGAAGUUCGUAAUGCUCAUAGUAAUACAACAUAACAAUCUCGUCUAAUUAUAAGUUAUCUGACCUCCGACCAUGUCCUUCUGGAAGGCCAUUGGAUAAUCCGUUUUGUCGUUUCCAUCGAUCGCGUCUUUAGUAUCUGAGGUUUCCGUGGCGGUACCAAAAGCCAGUUUUUUUCCUGCUGAAUAUUCAUUUCGGUGGGAAACAACUUUUCGGCAGGUUCAAGUAGAAAAUCAAAAAUCUUGACAUGUAACAGGAAGAGCCAUUCUAGAAGUAUAUCCCGGCAUUUUCCCAAAAAAUUGAAUACCCGUACUGAAAAGAACGUGUGGAUUAAAACGAUAUCAAAAUUUGAUUUUCAUCAGUUCAACUUUACUGAAAAAGAUCGAGAACUCACCUGAAUUUGGCCGACUUUUUGGCCUGGUUAAGUUUGAAGAUAUUUUUCUUGGACAUCGACUGAAAGAGUUUGUGUAUUGGAGGCAAAGCGGCUUUUUGUUAUCGGUAAAUCUCCACUUCUGAGGUAUAUUCCUCCCAGAUUUGGUCUCAUCCGCCCGGAAGAUCUUGCUAUUCUGACGCUGAGUCGACGAAAGACGGACUGAUCGACUCAUCAUCUUUGCCCUGAGGGCAGAGAUAACGUCAGUUCCGGUCGUUUUAUGUCAACUUCCAGUUUAAGUCGAUAUUCAUUCGAAAUAUAACUGCAAAAAGUUAAUUUUGGCAAAACAAAAUUUUGGCCAUUAAACACCCUCAGGGGAAACAAUGUAACACGCAAAAACGGCUGUCUGGCAACGGUCAGACAUGAAAUUUAAGAAAUUUCCAUAAAGAAAUUGUCCCCAUAACCUCAGAAAAGAGCACAAAAAGCCGUUGGCCCCUGAUGUGAGGGCUAGACCCAGACUUUUUUAUUGCGCAGCCGGGUGAAAGAAGGACGGCCGAAAGACGGCCCUUUCAACACCGAAUAAGGGGAUUCCAACCCAUAAAUCCGUUCAAAUGACGUAAGAAACAUGUCAUUGACAUUUUACUGUAUUGCUCCACCAAUAAUGCACCGAUUUCUAUAAAACGUAUAUCAAAUUCAAGCUGAUGUGAGGCACACCAUUUUUUCCACAUGUUUUGUGCCGUUACUAUUGUCUGUGAAGGCAUUAUAACACUCUGGCCAGCCUACCCAGUUUUUGGCUAGCCAUUAGAAAAUUUGGCAGUCAUCACUACUCUUUUUUGCACCCAUUCCAGCCUGGCUCUCUUUUGAGGCUUCACUUCAAUUGUAAUUUCUUAAAAUUUCUCUGAACGUACUCGAUGGUACUGAUUUCGAAAAUCAGUACUCAAAGAGUAACAAUCAAAAAAUGAACAAAAUUUCAGAUUUACAAUAAAUCUAUUCAGAUAGUUCAGAUGGUAGUUAUCUAAUUGUAAGCCUUAUCUCUUUUUUCCCCGGUUCCGGAAGUGUCACUAUCCGAGAAAGUGUCCAAAUUCCGGAGGCUUCCUUCGAAAGAGACCCCAAUUUGGGGGUCUCUUUCGAUUUGUGCCCGGGAAUGGUUAUAAAGGAAGGAGAGAGGAAAAAUUAUGCUUUAACUUCAAUAAUUAUGUGUCUUACACUUGCAGGUGUGAAUGCGAAUCCACUCCAAUUCUACCGUCAUGGAAUCUCUCAUCCGUGGAAGAUUUUCUGCUCUCCUUUGAUGCUAAAUCAUGGAGUUUUGAUUGUUGGAUUUGGCCAAGAAGGCAACAAACCUUUCUGGAUCAUCAAAAACAGCUGGGGAAGUCGAUGGGGAGAGUCCGGGUACUAUAGAUUAUAUCGAGGCAAGAAUGUCUGCGGCGUCAGCGAGAUGGCCACCACUGCACUCAUCGAAUAA